AUGAAAAGCGCUCUGUGUCUGUCGUUAGUCCUGCUCUUCCUGGGAUACGCCUGUGCCUUUUUGUCCAGCAGUUCGAGUAGCAGUUCCACGCCCAAGAUCUGUCUCAUCAGGAACUGCGCCUGGAACUCCACGACGAAUACCUGUGCCCGCUAUGGUCGCUCCAAUCUCUGCAAUCGCUUCAGGAACAGCUGCGCCCUGCGAUACGAGACCUGCGCCAGUUCCACCACAUAUACGGCUGUUAGUCUGUCCCAGUGCUCCGGAAUCAGCGUGGGAUCCCGAGGCAUUUGCGGUGGAUCAUCGUCCUACUCAUCCUCAUCCUCAAAUAUUACACCCAUUAUUAUCCGCAGGGGUUGA